CAGGCGCGACGCUGUCAAACGCAACUCCAGAGGACUGCUGGGACUUUUUUUUGUAAUUUUGGGGAGUCUUCCACCUCACAUAGGCAGUUCAAUCGGACUUUUUGUGUGUUUGACGCUCGGCUGUGGAGGUGACAGGCUGGAUGCCAUGGACCCGCUGCUGCCCGCAGACACAGAGCUGAUGGAGCGAGAGGCAGAUAAGGACGCGAGGAGGAAGAUCCAGUUCUCCGUGCCUUCCGCCGUGCCCACCCAGCUGGACCCGCGACAGGUGGAGAUGAUUCGACGCAGGAGGCCGACACCAGCCACACUCUUCAGAUUGACAGACCCGCCAUCACCUGAGGAAGACAUUGGUCCUCACCAGUGGGUUCUGGGUGAAAAUGGAGCCUUGAAAGCCAAACUGGUUCACACGGCAGCCUACCAGCCGCCCUCACUUAAAGCUGUCCAGAGGAUGGCUCAGGCCCACCUGGCCUCCCUAGACAUGUCUUUAAAGGACAAAGAGGACCCCUCUUCUGGGGAGGAAGAGGAGGAGCAUGAGAAGGACAGCCAACAGAGAGCUUCAACUACAGAUGUAAGGGAAGAAAGCAAACCUCUCAGGGAACAGUGUGCUGCGCCGGACAGUUUGGCAGGAAGUGCUGAUCUCAGCUGUCACCGCAGAGAUGAAGAGGAGUCCAAAGUAAGAGAGAAAGGAAAAGGAGAAUGACAAAAACAGGGCUCCGAUGGCGGCAGAGUGUUAGUGUGGAAAAGACUUGCAUAGCACACAUAUGGGCCAUGUGUGUGCAUGCAUGGAUGUGUGUUAUUUGGUUCUGUGACUGUUUGCAUGCAUGUGACAAAAGAGAUGAAUUUGGGAGACUUUGAGGAAGGUCAGAAUAUUAAUGAGCAGGUACAAGGAAAAGUUUAACCUGAGACUCAUGUGUCCGUCAGCCGAGGAAGCCAGGGCUAAAUUCCUAUCAGCCAAGGACACUGCACAAGAAAUAUGAGAGCUGCAGAGAACUGUGGCAUUUUCUCAAACAAAUGGAGGUUUAACAGGAUUCAACAGAAGUCUGAGAUUUAGGGUAGUUUUAACAGAAAAUAUCCAUGUGUGAAGAAUCAGAUUUUGAAUCACCUUUAUUCACAUAAUGUGCAGCUCAUGUAGUGAUACUGGUGCUAAAACAGCCACGUCGAGAACAAUUAGUAAGAGCGGCUAAUAAACACAGCUUGACAUAAGAUACGAAACAUAUAUACCAUCUUAUGCAUAUUUUUCGAACAUGUAAGAUUAUACUUUAUCUGUAGUCUGAAAUGUUUGUGGGCCCUGAUGAGGUUGUUAUUUUAUAGUAUGUCUCACACAGUUCAUCAAGAGAUUAUGAAUGAGCUCCUGAAAGCACAAUAUCACAUUAUAUUUACAGUGUGAUAUACAGUAAUAUUGCAGAGCCAGUCCCUUUUGGAAGUUCCAUGGCAUGAUGCAAAACAGCUGCAGAGGGAGACAAAAAUACUUCAAAGAGAUGCACAAGGAUUACAAAAAUACUUAAAAAGACGAUAAACAGCUGCAAAGAGACAAAAUGGCUAAAAAAAGAGACACCAAAUGUCCAUAAUGAGAAGCAAAACCCUAACAAAGGGACACAAAUGGCUACAAAAAGACCUCAAAAAGCCUCAAAAAACAACUACAAGGAGAUGCAACAGCUGCAAAGAGACUCACAACAACCAUUAAAUUGAGCACAACAUAGACACAAAAUAUCUACAAAAUGACAAAAAUGAUACACAAAAUGAGUACAAAGAGAUUUAGAAAGACAUUAAAGAGCCCACAUCUACAAGGAGAUGCAAAACAGCUGCAAAGCGACACAGAAACUCACAACAACUAUUAAAUGGGGCAAAACAAACACAAAAAGACACAGGGUGAUUAUAAAGAGACUUAAAAAGACGUUAAAGAGACCAAAACAACUACAAGGAGAUGCAAAACAGCUGCAAAGCGACUCAUGACAGCUAUUAAAUAGGGCAAAACAGCACAAAGAUACACAAAAUGACUAGAAAGAGAUCCAAAAUGACUACAAGGAGACACAAAUUGACUAAAAGGUGACAAAACAAUAACAAAGGGACACAACAUGACUACAAAGAGACUUAAAAAGAUGUUAAAAAGACCAAAACAACUACAAGGAGAUGCAAAACAGCUGCAAAGAGACUCAAGACUAUUAAAAGAGGCAAAACAACCACAAAGAGACACAAUGAGUAGAAAUGGAUGCAAAAGGACACACAAUAUGACAAUAAAGUGACACAAAACAACUACAAAGGUCCAAAUGGACUAAAUAGAGCAGAACAACCACAAAGAGAUGCAUGGUGACGUCAAAGAGGGAAAACAACAACUAAACAAAGCUUAUGAACUAUAAAGUCUGUGUGUCUUAUGUAUGAGAGGUGGCGGGGCCUCAGUAGUUCUGUGCCCAGGGGCCCGUUGUCUCCUCUGCCCAGGACUGUCAUGCUGCUUCCAAAGUCUUUCAGUUUGCUUUCCUCACCCUUGUAGACGUUUGCGUGCAAGGUCAAGAAAAUCAGAGGUUGGAUUACAGACGAUUUGUGCGCAGUCACAGCCACAGCAGACCAGAUUAAAUCAUAUCAGACUAAUCCAACUAAUCACGAUAAUGCAGCCGUUUCUGGUUUUAUAUUACAAACAGGCUUUUUGUAACACGUCAACUAACAAGCAUGAUCUGUUUGAGAUGGCAGAGGUGAUUGGUGCGAAGUGAAAGAAUACCUAUUUUUUCAAAAACAAUGUAUAUAUGAUGAUGGGUGAAGGUUUGUUUUUUGACCUUGUAAAUAAGUGAUGUUUUGUGUUGGUUGCUAAUCAAACAAUUAUAACGGGCUGUUGGUGUUUGUGUGAUUGUAUUUCUGUAAAAUUAAUCUGUAGGAAUGUACAAUGCGGCAUAUUUCUUUUCUAAGAAAAGAAAGACAAAAGGCUUUAUGUGGUAUCUCAGUUAUCACAUGAAAUCCAGACAUGUGACAAAGUGUAAGUGUUUGAAUACAGCAAAUUAGUUUUAUGAGUUUUAUUAAAUGAAGAAUAUGAAAAAGUU